AUGACUAAGCUUUGCAACGCAAGUGCUAGCGACUGGGAUACCAAACUUCUUGAUGCGCUAUGGGCUUACAGGGUUGCCUACAAGGUAACUACACGGUUCUCACCAUUUCAAUUGGUUUAUGGCCAGGAGGUGAUCCUUCCUCUCGAGCUGGAAGUUCCUUUUUUGCGAACAGCGGUAGCUCACAAUUAUGACUGGGAUGGAGCUGUUCAGCAGCGGCUGGAGCAGUUGGAGAAGCUGGAUGAGACUCGCCUCCUUGCUUUCCAAGCCCGUGAAGUUCUCCAACGUCAACGCAAGAAGUGGUAUGAUCGUCAUUUACGGGCUAAGAGUUUUCAGGAAGGAGAUCUCGUGCUGCUAUAUGAGAGCAAGUACUGGAAGCGUCCGGGAAAGCUUAAGAUCCGCUGGAUUGGGCCUUAUCGCGUGAAGGCUGUGAAUAUCAAUGGCUCAGUCAAGCUGGAGGAUUUUGCUGUGGGGGGAAUAAGGGAAUAUUCUGCUGAAAACAGGGUGCGUCCCUUGGUGCCAGAGGUUGACGAUAGGGGGGAUGGCCAAUUUCCAGGCAUAGGAUGUGUGUAG